CCGUUCAAGCCACGGCGGGUAUGAGUGGCAUGCGAGCACCAAGCCUGGCACCUACGUCGUCCGGUGUUGGUGCCAACUCGGCUGCAAUGGUUGGGAUUACUACUGCAAACCGGAAUAGUGGUGCUGCUAUUCUACGGCUCUUGAAUUACUGCAAUCACCUUUCAUCUCCUGGACAAGAUCGAUCGAUAGCUUCCUGGAAGAGGUUCAUCUCGGAGUAUUAUGCAGACAAUGGUGUGAUGCGCUAUACGCUUUUCAACACUCUGCAUCGAGAAUCUAAACAAUUCGAAAUAUCGACUGCUGUUUUGCCGCGAUAUUAUUGCACGACAUACGAGAGUGGAGUCAAACGCAUUCAACUUAUCCUUGAAGACCCUUCGGAACACUCAACAAACAAUAAUGGCUAUUACGUCGAAUGUUCCCGUGCUAGUAUAGUGUAUUGGUUUGCCACUGGCUGUCAGGUGGUGGCGACGGGUAACCUCCGCGUCUACUUUGGUGCUUACCAAACCGGCAUUAAGAUCGAAGCAUUUGAGUUUCUCACCAAUCACCACGAAGAGUUCGUGCCGAUGAGACCUCGUCAAUCACCCCGCGUACCGGGCGCAAGUCCCAAUUCCCCACCGGUGAAGUCAGAAGAAAAUGACAGAGACCCUCGCACUACGGUUUCUGCACCAGAAAGCGCCAUCAAUGAGUUUGGAGUUACUUUGAAGACGAUGCGGUGUCUGGAGAUUGCCGAAAGUAUCUCGCACAUGAGCGAUCUUAUUACCUUUUCUCGGCAGCAAGGCAGUAGUCCCAUUCAGGCGCUGAAGCAAUAUGUCGCACAGCUCCAGGCCUUGCAGAACGGUAAUGGUCAGCAACAAGCUCCGCCACAACAGACGAUGCCAGCCCUGCCACAGCCGUCACGCAUGGGCACGACACCUUCUCCUGCGAUGGCUGCAAAGAACUUGCCUCAAGCAAGUCCACAGCAACAAGCCAGUCCCAAUGUCAUGGGAAGUCCUAGCAUCCCACAUGCAGCCAAACGGAGAAGAGGUAGCACAGCUGGACAGAGCGGCCUCAGUGGCGCACGUAUCCUGGGUGAGGUCGAGGAUCUGGACGACGGUUCGGGGCAGGAAGGCAGACCCCCGGCUAAAAAGCCAACUCAGAAGCAAGCAGGUAAAAGGAAGUCUGGUUGAGACGGCUGGAUUUGCAAUAGGACGUAUGGAUGAAAAUGUUGGUUAUGUGGAAUGUCAUUGGCGUUUG